AUCCCCCAAAGGCGGGUGAGUCACCUGUUUUGCAAAUCCAUACAUCCUCUCCCAGCAAAUCCACGACCAAGCUGUAUCCGCUCUUUGUUCAAAAUCGCCUUUAAUCCUUCAGCAAAAAAAAAAAAAGAUUGUGUCGAUUGUGUUUUUUGUAUCUGCGACACAACCCCGGUAAUUAGUUUGAACACUACGGGACGGCACCCAGGUUCGCACCCUUUGAUGACCAGUGAAGGUGAGAUACGUUCCAUCCUUGGCCGUGCAUUGGACGCGGACGAGGCGGGCAGGAAGGAUGAAGCGAUCGAUCUGUACGGCCAGGCGGUGGAGAAAAUCCUUCGCCUCGAGGACCGAGAAAAGCGCGAAAAGUUGAAUAAAUUUGCCAAGCAGGCGCUGGACCGGGCGGAGGAGCUGAAGGGUAUCCGGCAUCAGGUAUCAGGGCAGGCCGCACCACAAUCCAGUCGUCAUUCGCCCACCGCUUUGCAGCCAGUGAAAAGCAGUUCAGCAUUGGUAAGCCCGUCACGUGCCGGUCCAGCGCUAGAGAUUAGCGGAGCUCGCCAUGCGUACACGAACGAGGAGAAGAAGGUGCUGGAGCAUACGUCCCAUAUCAAUGCGAAAGUGUACGUCCCGUUUAUGGAUAUAGAUUUGCUGGAAAAGUUCCACUUCCCGAUGCCCUUCACCGACAAGGAUGGGCCGCUAGAGUUGGCCCCGAAGCAGAAGCGUGACUUUGUCAGCUGGGUGCGGGUGAGCGAGCUGUGCGAGCAGCCGCAACUGAUCGUCGGCGAUCAUGCGGACUUUUACAGCAUCCGGCAGACGGUCGUGUCGGACUGUAGCUUCGUUGCGUCGCUGGCGGUCGCGUCCCAGUUCGAGAAGAAGUUCCGCCGGCGCAUCCUCACCUCGAUCAUCUAUCCGCGCAACAGCAAGGACGAGCCGAUCUACAAUCCGAGCGGCAAGUACACGAUACGCAUGCACGUGAACGGUAUACCGCGGAAGGUCGUGAUCGACGACUAUCUGCCGCUCGGCCGGUACAACCAACUGCUGUGCUCGUACUCGAGCAACAAGAGCGAGUUCUGGGUGUCGCUGCUGGAGAAGGCGUACAUGAAGCUGAUGGGUGGGUACGAUUUCCCCGGCUCCAACAGUAACAUCGAUCUGCACGCACUGACGGGAUGGAUACCGGAGCGGGCGCUGGUAAAAUCGGACGAACCGGACUUUAACGCGGACGCCGUGUUUAACCGGCUGCAGGAAGGGCUUAGCAUGGGCCGCUGUCUGGUGACGGUGGCAACGGGCGAGCUGACGGAUGCGGAAGCCGAACGGACCGGGCUGGUUUCAACGCACGCCUACGCCGUGCUCGAUAUGCGCGAAGUGGAUGGCGUAAAGCUGCUGCAGCUAAAGAACCCCUGGUCCCAUCUGCGGUGGCGUGGUAACUACUCCGAGCUGGAUGUCGUGCACUGGACGCCGGAGCUGCAGCGCACGCUCGGGUACGAUCCGAAGCUGGCGGCGACAUACGAUAAUGGCGUGUUUUGGAUCGACUACCGUUCGAUCAUGAACUUUUUCGACGUGUUCUACCUGAACUGGGAUCCGGCACUGUUUCAGUACACGUACUGCAUUCACCAGGCGUGGAGUGCGGGCAUUGGCCCGACAAAGGACGCGUACAACGUGGGCGACAAUCCGCAGUUUAGCUUGACGGUGCCGGCUGGCCGCGGCUCUGUUUGGAUACUGCUUACGCGCCACAUCACGAGCAUCGAGGACUUUAGGGAAAACCACGAAUACAUCACCGUGCUGGUGUACAACAGCAAUGGCAGGCGUGUUUACUAUCCUACCGAUCCGCCACCGUACAUCGAUGGGGUGCGCAUCAACAGCCCGCAUUAUCUGUGCAAGAUACGGCUCGAUCCGGGCGCGGAACGGCGCUACACGCUCGUGGUGUCGCAGUACGAAAAGACGGCCACCAUCUACUACUCGCUGCGGGCGUACAGCAGGACCAGGUUUGAGCUGAAACCGCUCGGGCCGCAGUACACGACGGUGGAAAAUCUGAGCGGCGAAUGGAAGGGACGAACGGCCGGUGGCUGCCAGAACCAUCCGCUCACGUACAAAAACAAUCCACUGUACCGGCUGCACAUUGGGCCGGCCGAUACCAGCGAUCUGGUGAUUGAGCUGCGCGGCCCGAAGGUGUACCAGGUGGGGCUGGAGCUGACGGUGGCGUCGCUGGCGGAUGAGACGGUAACGGCACCGUUUGUGUCGCAAAAAACGGGUGUCUACCGGUCGGGCUUCUGUGUGCUGGAUCUGGCCGGUAUACCGGCGGGCGUGUACCAGGUAAGGCCGUCCACCUUUCUGCCCGACCAGGAGUCGCCCUUCUUUCUCAAGGUGAAAUCAACGACGAACGUGGUGAUAGAGAAGCUGGCGUAGGGCGGAGGGGGCACUUUGUUGUUUGUUUGUUUGUUUGUUUGUUGGUGUGUAAAGCAGUUGGUUUGGAAAGUGAAAGAUUCAGUACAGGAUUUGGCAGGAUGAUUUAUAUACUGUUUCACGAAUAUAUAAUAUCACGAAUUAGUCUUAGGAUUCAGAAGACAGCCAAUAUUUGAUAAGCAGUUCAAACAGACCGUCUGUCCAGGACAAUUUGCAACAUAGGAGACUGCAAAUCCAAUCCCAGUUAGCUAUAUCUGUGCCUACUUAGUGGUGCACAAGGAGACAUAUGAACAUCAAACAAUAUUGUGUUUGUGGCGAAGAUCGUGAUCGCAGAAUGCGUUUUAUUGAAUAAAUAAUGCUUUACAUUUGCCAAGA